AACCGGGACAAGAAGCUCGUUGCCCAUUUUGGCGGGCAGACGGCUGAUCAUGAGCGUCUUCUCCACCUCAUCUUCUCCUACCUUGUCAAAGGUCUCAGUGAUAAAGAAACGCCUUCUUGAAGGCUUCACCUCCUUCAAGCAGAUCAAGCAUGUCCAUGCAAUGCUUCUCCGUUUCGGCCUCGACCAAGACAACUACCUCCUCAACAUGAUCUUCAAGCACAUUUUUCAUUUCGGCAACACAGUGUACGCUUUCCUCCUCUUCUCUCAGAUUAAAACUCCCAACAUCUUUUUAUGGAACACCUUGCUUCGCGGCUUCGUCUCUAACGAUUGCUUUCAUGAAGCUAUUAACUCUUUUGUUUCUAUGAGGAGGAAUGGCUUUAUGCCCGACAGUUUCACCUUCCCUUUCGUCCUAAAGGCUUGUGCGAGAGUUUCCCGUCUUGAACUGGGGCUGAAAGUUCAUGCUCUUGUAGUCAAAGCGGGGUUUGAUUACGAUGUGUUUGCUAAGACCAGUUUGCUUUCUUUGUAUGCUAAAUGCGGGUGCUUGGAUCAUGCACUCAAGGUUUUCGACGAUAUUCCUGACAAAAAUGUCGUUUCUUGGACCGCAAUCAUUUGUGGGUAUAUUGAGGCUGGGAAGUAUAAGGAAGCUGUUGAUGCUUUCCGUAUGUUAUUGAAAAGAGGUGUGAAGCCUGAUAGUUUUACGAUUGUUCGGGUUCUGUCUGCUUGUGCUCAUUUAGGGGAUUUGGAAAGUGGGGAGUGGGUAGAUAGAUACGUAUCAGAGAUUGGGAUGGCGAGAAAUGUUUUUGUGGCUACUGCUUUGGUGGAUUUCUAUGCCAAGUGUGGAAAAAUGGAGAAAGCUCGAGUUGUGUUUGACUGGAUGUCUGAGAAGGAUGAAGUUUCUUGGAGUACUAUGGUUCAGGGUUAUGCAUUUAAUGGGUUGCCAAGAGAAGCUAUAGACUUUUUUUUCCAGAUGCUGAGAGAAAAUCAAAAGCCUGAUUGUUAUUCAAUUGUUGGGUUUCUCUCUGCUUGUGCCAGGCUUGGAGCUCUAGAAUUAGGAGACUGGGCCAGCAGUUUGAUGGACAGAAAUGAUUUCUUGUCUAAUGCAGUUCUGGGAACUGCUUUGAUCGACAUGUAUGCAAAAUGCGGGAGCAUGGCUCGAGCCUGGCAAAUUUUUAGAGAGAUGAAGGACAGAGACCGAGUGGUUUGGAAUGCUGCAAUUUCUGGGCUUGCCAUGACAGGACACGUUAGACCUGCGUUUGCUCUUUUUGGCCAGGUGGAGAAAUCAGGUAUUCAACCUGAUGGUAACACUUUUGUGGCUUUGCUUUGUGGGUGUACUCAUGCCGGUCUGGUUGAUGAAGGGCGUAGAUAUUUCAGUAGCAUGAGACGUGUGUUUUCCUUGACUCCCACGAUUGAGCAUUAUGGAUGUAUGGUGGAUCUUCUUGGCCGUGCAGGUUUCUUGGAUGAAGCUCAUCAAUUGAUCAAAGAUAUGCCAAUGGAGCCUAAUGCCAUUGUUUGGGGAGCUUUGUUGGGUGGAUGUAGGCUACAUAAGAAUACUGAAUUAGCAGAACAUGUACUGAAGCAACUCAUUGCAUUUGAACCAUGGAAUUCUGGAAAUUAUGUUCUCUUAUCAAAUAUAUAUUCAGCGAGUCACAAAUGGGAUGAUGCUGCAAACAUUAGACUGAUCAUGAAGGGAAGAGGGAUCCAAAAAAUUCGUGGAUGCAGUUGGAUUGAAGUAGAAGGAGUUGUUCAUGAAUUCCUUGUGGGUGACAAAUCCCACCAUUUAACAGAGCAAAUAUAUGCAAAACUUGAGGAAUUAGCAAAGGGCUUGAAAGCAGCUGGUUUUGUCCCUACAACGGAUUAUGUGCUGUUUGACAUAGAAGAGGAGGAGAAGGAGCAUAUGCUUGGCUUCCACAGUGAAAAGCUGGCUAUUGCAUUUGGUCUAAUCAGCACAGCUCCUACGAAUGUGAUUAGGGUAGUGAAAAACCUUCGUGUAUGUGGUGAUUGUCAUGAGGCCAUAAAGCUUAUUUCCAAUAUUACUGGCAGAAAGAUAAUUGUCAGGGAUAACAACCGAUUUCAUUGUUUUGUUGAGGGAUCAUGUUCAUGCAAAGACUAUUGGUGAUAUUAUUAUUUGAACUUUUUGGUUGGAUAAAGCUUAAGCUGAAACGGAACCAAAAGGGUCAUGUUCAGAUUAAUAAACCAACCACACUGACAGAACAAAGGUGAUAAACAAUGAGGCUUAGAGGCAAUAUGAGCUCUUUAUAUUAUCUCAUAGCAUUGAGAUUACAGGCUAUGGCAUAAAAAUGGAUUUUCAAGGAUAACUUUAUGCCCUUCCUCCUCAACAUCCAAAUCUGGGUCUUGCAAGUUUGUUACAAAAGAUAAAAUAAAUUGCCAGAUCCAAAGCCACAGCUUGGCUGAAUUUAGAGGAUGCCUCAAUACAGAUGAGAGGUACUUUUUUUUUUCCUGUCGAAAUUCAUACAUUUCAUAAAACAAACUCCUAUGAAGACACAAGGAAACAUAUGACCCGACUCGAAUCCACAACCAAUAAGAGAUCUCGAACGUAGGACCUUAAAUACAAUUGGUCUGUAAGUCUCUUUCCUUCUCACCUUUUAUUGGCAUCUGACUUCUUUUUCUCUCCUAAUAUCUUUUUUUUUUUCUUUGGUUGCACAGGUCACAGAGUACAAUGGGAAUAUAGUUCUUUCUGAUUGUCAGUUUCCUUUCCUAUGUUUCUUGUUAUAUGAUCUAAACCAUUGAUUUUGUUUCUUUUUAAAAAACUUGUUAUUGAGUUCUCUAGUUCUGUUUGUAUACAUUUCCUCUAAAUCUAUGACAUAAUGACAUAACUUUGCCUUUUGCUUUUAAGAAAAUGUAUAUCGACUCUUGGGCUUUUGUAAUUUAUGUUUCAGUUACUGGAACAUGAAUUAGCAUUAUCUAUUGUGUAUUUAUGUUAGCAAACGAUUUUGAAUGACUUACAAGUAUUUUGAGUUUUCAUUUAUUUUAGCAAAUUCACGAUUACAAUGUGUUAUCUAAAGAAAUUUCUUACUAUAUGUUUAGCGAUUUAUUUAAUCAGAAUAAGAAAGCUUGAUAGGAUUGGCAUGAAUGGCUGGAAACGAUGCUCUUUAGUGUUCUGUACAAUGAACAUAGUCAAUGUUUUUCUUCUUUAUACAAAAACUUCUUUUCAAAAAAGUUUAUUUUAUGUUCAUUUUAAAUGCUAUUCUGCAGUUCCUGGAGAUAUUUCAUUCUCUCCCCAUGUAUACUUACU